AAAAGAAGAAAAUAAUUAGAUUCGCAAUCAGAAGCCACACACACUUCACCACCGUCACUAAAGCAAAUACACAGAUCUAAAAAAAACCCUCCCAAUUAAUCGCAAAACCCGAAAUUGCCCUUGCACCAACCUCAGAUUUACGAUAAUGCCACUUUUCUCCCACCGCUUCACCACCGCAUCUUCCUCCUCCUCCACCGCCUCUGCAACUCCUUCCUACUACAGUAAACCCUCGAAGAGCCAUAAACCCAACUCUUCUAUUUCUGCUUCGUCCCGUGUUCAUGUCUCCAUUAUCUUCUUCUCCCUCGUCUCUGUUUUCAUAGGAGUCGCCGGAACUAUCUUCGCAAUCUCUUCCGCCGGAGGUCCUUCUUCUGUUUAUCGAUGCGGCGGAUCUAAAGACACUUCGCGAGUGUCUGCUUCUAGAAAACUGGGUAGAGACGGUGGUAACGGCGGCGUAUUGCCCGGAAGACAAAAGCUUUUAGGUUUCGUCGGGAUCCAGACUAGUUUCGAUUCCGGUGAUCGUCGAGCCGCUUUGAGAAGUACUUGGUUUCCCUCUGACCCUGAUGCUCUUCUAAGGUUGGAACAAGCGACUGGAUUAGCUUUUAGAUUUGUCAUUGGACGGUCAAAAGAUGCUGAGAAGAUGGCUGAACUAGAGAAGGAGAUAAAAAAAUACAGAGAUUUUUUGCUUCUUGAUGUUGAGGAAGAAUAUCUACGACUUCCAUAUAAAACGUUGGCUUUCUUCAAAGCUGCGUAUAAACUCUUUGAAGCUGAUUAUUAUGUCAAAGCCGACGAUGACAUAUAUUUGAGACCAGAUCGGCUUGGGACGCUUCUUGCCAAAGAAAGACUUCAUUCGCAGACAUACAUUGGCUGCAUGAAGAAAGGACCAGUUAUAACUGACCCUAAACUAAAAUGGUACGAGAAACAGGGCAAUUUGAUUGGAAAUGAAUAUUUCUUACAUGCUUAUGGGCCGAUAUAUGUUCUUUCAGCCGAGAUAGUGGCUUCACUUGCAGCAGCUAGGAAUGGCAGCCUGAGGAUGUUUAACAAUGAAGAUGUUAGCAUCGGAUCUUGGAUGCUUGCAAUGGAUGUACAUCAUGAAGACAACCGUGCUUUAUGUGAUCCUCGUUGUUCCCCAAAGUCCAUAGCAGUCUGGGACAUUCCCAAAUGCUCAGGGCUUUGUAACCCGGAGAUUCGGUUAAAGGAGCUUCAUAAGAUGGAAAUGUGCUCCAAGAGUCCGACAUUGCCUUCCGAUGACGUCGAUCAGUAGUUUGUUUCAAGAAUUUGCCUUGAGACAGUUCUACAGAAUAUAUGAUCUCACAAACACUGGAGUUCCAACAUCCUUGGAGCUAUAUAGGGAAAAGAUGACUUCAUAGUUCUUACAUGAUCUGAUCUUUAUAGUUGUUUUUAGAUGUACCACAUAAAUACUCAAGUUUUAUAUAUAGACCGAUACCUGAGAUCCCUUUUUGUAAAAUUAGGUUUAUGAGCCCAGUUUAGACACUGGGUGAUGAUGAUA